AUGACCGUCAUGCUGAACUUCUACCUGUUUCCCAUCCUGACCCUCGUCCUCGUGCCCUUUCUCGUUGUCUCCCGCGCAGUUAUUGCCUACCUUCAAACCCCCAAGGGCUUCUGGAAGUAUCCAGUGCAGAACUACCUGUCCGCUUUCACCAAGCUGGGCUAUUUCUGGGAGAUGGGCUGCAAGCAUCCAUGGAUAGAGGACAAGGUCGGUGAUGAGCCAAAUAGUACGCUGGACAGGAUUGCCGGUCUGUGUGGCUCCCAAUUUCCUCCUCUACUAAGAUUGCAGCAUGGAAUUAGCGAGCUGCAUAAGGUAGGAGUUGUAUUGAAUACCCCAUUUCUGCGGUGA